AUGGCUCUAGCUGCACAACAAUCUUUAUUAGAUGAAUUAAUGGGCAAAGGUCGUAAUGCAGCGAAAGGUGAAAAAAUUCAUAAAUAUCGUUUUGAUGAUCCAAAUGUUUGUAAAUAUAUGCUUGUUGAUUAUUGUCCACAUGAUUUAUUUGUUAAUACUCGACAGGAUCUUGGCCCCUGUGAUAAAGUUCAUGAUAUAAGUCUUCAACAAGAUUAUCAAAAAAGUUCACGUUAUGAAAAACUUGGUUAUGAAGAUGAUUAUGAACGUUUUCUUAAAUCAUUAAUAUCCGAUGUUGAACGACGUAUAAAACGUGGACAAGAACGUCUACGCAUAACUCAAGGUGAUCCGAAUGCCGAUAAUGAUCCACAUAGUCUUAAGAAUGAAAUUAUCAAUAAAAUAAAAUCUCUUGAAGAAAAAAUAACAUCACAUGUUUUAAAAUCUGAACAACUUGGAAAUGAUUGUCGAAUUGAUGAAGCACAACAAGUUUUAAAUGAAUGUGAAGAAAUGAGAGAAGAAAAGAAAAACCUUGAAACGCAAUUAGCUGAAGAACAAGCCAAUGCAGAUAUGAAUAAAGCUAUGGAAGUAUGUACUGUUUGUGGAUCAUUUCUUAUUGUUGGUGAUAUACAAAGUCGUCUUGAUGAACAUAAUAGUGGAAAACAACAUGCAGGUUAUGCAAAAAUUAGAGCAACACUUGAAGAUUUAAUUCAACGUAAAGCACAAAUGCUUGAAAAAGAACGAACUCGGAAUGUACAAAAACAAGAACCAUCUAAUCGUAAACGAGAUCGAUCUGAAUCCAAAGAUGAAAAAUCUAAACGACAUCAUUCACCAUCAUCACAUCAUCAUCACCAUCAUCAUCGUGAUAGAAAUACUAAACAACGAGAAUCUUCUAGAGAAACAAAUGAUCAUCAUCAUCAUCGAUCAUCUCGACAUGAGAAUAAUUCUUCGUCAAAAGAACGUCAUUCACCAUCAACAAAUCAUCGUCAUCAUCGACGAUAA